GAGCGCCCACCGCGUCUCCACGACGGCGCUGGAAAACGAUCCCCCGAUGACGGCGAUCCUCGCGAUAUCCCGAGGCAUGAGCGGGGGAAUGCUUGGCUUGACACUUGUUGGUAAUAAGCAUUGAUACAAUACCACGAAACAGAACAAGCAUCCCGUACGCAGAACAUCUCUCUAACAGCAAUGUCGCGUCUCCUCCUGCGACGACUGCCCACGAGGGCUCUUGUCCAUCGCCCAUCGCACGCGGUUAGGACUUAUGCCUCAUCAACUCCUGCCGUCCCGCAGUUCAACUGGGAAGACCCGCUCGGGUCCAGGAACUUGUUGACCGAAGAGGAACUGGCCAUCUCGGAAACAGCUGAGCGGUACUGUCAGGAGCACCUGCUGCCGCGAGUGCUCCAGGCGUACCGGGAUGAACACUAUGAUCCCAAGAUCCUCCAAGAGAUGGGCGAGCUGGGCCUGCUCGGUGCCACCAUCAACGGAUACGGCUGUGCUGGUGUCUCGACCGUCGCCGGCGCGCUGAUCACUCGGGCGGUGGAACGCGUCGAUAGCGGGUACCGGAGCAGCAUGUCUGUGCAGUCGUCGCUGGUCAUGGGCGCUAUCAAUGACUUUGGCUCCGCCGAGCAGAAGGACAAGUAUCUCCCCGCCAUGGCAAAGGGCAAGAUCAUCGGUGCCUUCGGCCUGACCGAGCCGAACCACGGCAGCGACCCUGGCUCGAUGGAGGCCGUCGCGCGCGAGCACCCGCAGAAGAAGGGAUACUACCUGCUCAAAGGGUCCAAGACGUGGAUCACCAACUCGCCCAUCGCCGACGUGCUCGUUGUGUGGGCGAAGCUGCAGGAGACGGGCAAGAUCCGCGGCUUCCUGGUCGACAGGAAGCAGUGCCCCGCCGGGACGCUGGAGACGCCCGCCAUCAAGAACAAGACCGGACUCCGCGCCUCGAUUACCGGCAUGAUCCAUCUGGAGGACUGUCCCGUUCCGAAGGAGAACAUGUUUCCCGAUAUCGAGGGCCUCAAGGGACCCUUCACCUGCCUCAACAGCGCCCGAUACGGCAUUGCCCUCGGCGUCAUCGGCGCCCUCGAGGACUGCAUCGCGCGGGCCAGGGCCUAUGCGCUCGAGCGGAAGCAGUUCAAGGGCAACCCCCUCGCCAAAUAUCAGCUAAUCCAGAAGAAACUGGCAGAUGCGACCACGGAUGCCGCCUACGGUACUCUCGCGGCCAUCCAGGUCGGCCGGCUCAAGGACGAAGGCAAGGCGACGCCCGAGAUGAUCAGCAUGAUCAAGCGCCAGAACUGCGACAGGGCCCUCCACAACGCGAGGGUCCUGCAGGAGAUCUUUGGCGGCAACGCCGUCAGCGACGAGUACAUGAUCGGCCGCCAUGUUGCGAACCUCUAUGUCACCCAGACCUACGAGGGUCAGAGCGACAUUCACAGCCUCAUUCUCGGCCGGGCCAUUACUGGGGUUCAGGCCUUUGUCUAGAUAUUGGGCCG